GAGCGCGCCUGUCGCCCCGCUGCCCUUGGCGGGGUUUCUGCAGCCAACAAGUGUGGGAGCGAGAGGCAACAGGUAGUCUGCUGGUGCGACGCGGCCGCCCUUAUCUGGAUGGACGGCACGGCCGUGGCGUGCGCGCUGCUCGCCGCCGCCGCCUACUACAACACGCUGGACGCCGGCUUCGUCUACGACGACAGACGGGCCAUCCUCGGCAACCCGGACGUGACGGGCAACGAGACGUCGCUGUGGCGGCUGGCGACGUCGGACUUCUGGGGCACGCCGCUGCGGCUGGCCGGGUCGCACGGCUCGUGGCGGCCGCUGGCGGUGCUCAGCUUCCGCGCCAACCACCUGCUGGGCGGGGGCUGGCACGCCGCCAACGCCGCGCUGCACGCGCUCUGCGCCGCGCUGCUGGUGCGCGUCGCGCGCCGCCUCCGGGCCGCCCCCGGCGUCGCGGGGGCUGCGUUCGCGCUGCACCCGGCGCACUGCGAGGCCGUGGCCGGGCUGGUGGGCCGCGCCGACGUCGCCGCCGCCGCCUGCUCCCUGCUGGCGCUGCUCUGCUACGCGCGGCACGCCGACCUGCGCGACGCCGCCGACGCCCGCCGCCGGCGCUGCCGCGGCUGCGGGGGCCCCGUCCACCGGCCGCAGGGCUGCUCCCUCCGCCGGGCUCUCGCCGCCGCCAAGGGCCUCCUCGGCACCGCGCUCUGCUCGGCGAGCGACCGCCUCUCUUGCCGGACCCGUAGCUCCUCUCACCCCACUGCCACCGGCACAGUCACGACGAACGGUACUGCUUAUAAGUCCAGCGCCUGGUUGGGACAGAGCUCUAAGUCAGCUCGAGACGAUAUCGUCAGUGAAUCCAAUGACGCCAACAACAACACCAGCAUGAACGCACAUGUGUGUCAACAGGCUCCGCUGAAAACAUCCGUUGACUUCGAUACACCGCCGUCUAACUCGAAAGCGAUCACGGCAGAAAUCACUCGCAUUAGCGCCCCUCACACCACAUGUUGCAAACAACCUCGCACUUCAUCGCAACUCUACGAUGGAACUGUUCCUCUCGCCUCUUGGCCUUCGACCGAACGGACGGAAAACGAGGAAAGCAGCGAUGUCACACGAGACGCUAAUCACAACACUGAGUUCGUCACUUCAGCGCCGUUGUUUUCAGUGAGCCAGUGGCGGUAUCAGAACGCCUUCGACCAUCCUCAUCUGGAAGAAAAGAUUGUGAGACGCAGUCUCUUCAGAGCCAAAAGGGAGGCGUCCAGCAGGCUCGGAAGUAAUGUGUUGAGGAAGAGGUGGAAGAAGUGUUUCAAGGACAAAAAUAUAAUCACAGACAGCGGUGAAGAUCAGAAACGGCUUCUGAAGACAGCAGAGAGGAACACUUGUUGCGCCGCGGAGGGCUGCAACAAAGAAGAGUCCCACUCCUGUCGGAACAGCGUCAGCGGCGGCCCGCUGCUCCAGCUGGUGGCGAGCGUUCUGCUGAGCGCAUGCGCGCUGCUCUUCAAGGAGACGGGCAUCGCGGCGCUCGCCAUCUGCGUCGCCUACGACGUGGCGCUGCUGGCAGAGAGGGGAAUCGCCGGGCCGCGGCAGCUGCUCGCCACUGUUGCUCGUCUUUGGCUCAUGGGGGGCGGCGUGCCGUGGUCGGCGGCGGACAACCCGGCGUCGCGCGCGCCGCGGCUGGUGACGCGCGCGCUCUCGCUGUCCUACCUGCCCGCCUUCAGCUGGCUGCACCUGCUGCUGUGCCCCACGGCGCUCUGCUUCGACUGGGGCAUGGCGGCCGUGCCGCUGCUGCACUCGCCGCUGGAGCCGCGCGCCGCCGUCGCCGCCGCCUUCUACGUCGCUCUCGCCCUCGCCUUCCGGGCCUGUCUGCCGCACCGCAUCGCGCAGCGAGCGAUCGAACGCCGCCGGCUGGCGCAACAGGUGUCGCCUGUGGAGAGCCAGAGGCGGCCCGCGGCCUGCCCCUCCAGCCGAGCCAAGGGCAACCGCUGCUGCCUGCUCGGCGGCUGCGCCGACAACAGCGGCAGUGGCCCCUGUGGCAGAGGUGCGCUGCUGGUGAGCCUGUCGCUGCUGGUGGUGCCGUUCCUGCCGGCCAGCAACGUGGCGCGGUAUGUGGGCUUCGUGGCAGCGGAGCGCGUUCUCUACCUGCCCAGCGCCGGGCACUGCCUGCUGCUCGGCCUGGGCUGGCAGCGCCUCAACCGCAGGUCGCACCACCACCACCAACACGAGCACCACCACCACCACCACCACCACUGGGGGUGGCUGUCAGGGUUUGCGCUGGCUGCCACACUGGCCAGUCUCGGAGCACGUACCGUACUCCGCAACAGGGACUGGUACGAUGAAGAGAGCCUUUUCCGCUCUGCACUUCACAUCAACCCACCCAAAGCGUACGGCAACCUGGGUUGCGUGCUGAGCUCUGCGGGCCGCCUGGAGGAGGCGGAGUGGGCGCUGAGGCAGGCGCUCAAGCACAGGCCCAACAUGGCGGACGUCCACUACAACCUGGGCAACCUACUGCAGGCUAGAGGCCGCCCGGAGGAGGCGGAGCGCAGCUACCGGCACGCGAUCCACUACCGGCCCUCUCUCGCAGCGGCGUACGUGUCGCUGGGGCAGCUGCUGGAGGCACGGGGUCGGCUUCGGGAGGCGUCGCAGGUGUACGAGGACGGCACGCAGCUGGACGGCGAGCGGUUGCGGGACCCGGCGGCGCACCUGCAGGACACCCUCAGGGCUCUGCUGAGGCUGGCCCGCCUGCGGGCCCAGCUGGGCGACUGGCAGGCGGCGGCCGACACCUGCAGGCAGGCGCUGCUCAGGCACCGCGCUGCACAGGUGCAGGGCCUGCUGACGCAGGUAAUGGCGCAGCAGGGAGCUGACCACUUAGUAAACAAGCGCUGCUCAGGCACCACGCUGCCCAGAUGCAGGGGCUGCUGA